GAUGAUUAAAUAAGAAAAGCAUGUUCAUAUGCUAACAUGUACUUCACCAUUACUAAACCAGUGAUUACCAAACCACUGUUCGAUCAUAGAAAAGACCGAAACUAAGGAAUAGAUAGCUGAUCGAUAAAGAACAUGGCAGCUAAUUGUGAUACUUUCGAUUCCCAAUAUGAUCGGCUCAAAGAGGUUAAAGAGUUCGACGAAUCAAAGAUGGGCGUAAAGGGCCUCUCCGACUCUGGCAUCACUUCUAUUCCUCGCUUCUUCAUACAUCCACUCGAAACUUUACCUUGUAAUAACUCGAACUCUAGCACCAACACUACCUCCAUCCCCCUACUCGACUUGGCCAACCUCAAUUCCCCAACUCACCGUCCCAAAAUCAUUGAACACAUCAAAGAAGCUGCAGCCUCAUGGGGAUUUUUCCAAGUCAUCAACCACGGUAUACCAGCAACGAUCCUUGAUGAGACAAUCCGAAGCAUCACAGCCUUCCAUGAGCAACCACACGAGAUCAAAGCCAUACAUUACAGACGCCAAGAGCACCAUGGAGUCAUGUUCACAAGCAACAAUGACUUGUACCGGAGUAAGGCGGCCACCUGGCACGACUCCCUUCAGGUGUUCAUGGCACCAGAGGAGCAGAAGGUCGAGGAGGAUAUCCCAGAGAUUUGUCGCAAGGAGAUUAUUGCAUGGGACUUUCAUGCAACCAAAGUAGCGGAGGGGUUAUUUGAGUUGUUGGAAGAGGGGCUUGGUUUGGAAGCUGGGAAGUUCAAGGAGUUGGGUUUUAUGAAAGCUAGGUUAUUUUUGGGGCACUGCUAUCCCUACUGUCCGCAACCAGAUCUGACAGUGGGGAUAAAAUCUCAUACAGAUGCAGGUUUGACGGUGUUGUUGCAGAACCAGGUCGGAGGGUUGCAAGUGAAGCAUGGGAGUGAGUGGGUAGAUGUCCAGCCCUUGCCUGGGGCACUGACUAUUAAUAUUGGCGACUUCAUACAGAUCAUAUCAAAUGGGGAGUAUCAGAGCGUGGAGCAUCGAGUAUUGGCAAAUUCAUCGAAGCAAGCAAGAAUCUCAGUGUUGAAUUUUAACAACUUAGGGGGUUGGAAAGAGUCGGAUGAAUUUGGGCCAUUCCCUGAAUUAUUGUCAACAGAGAAACCAGCCCUGUAUCGAGGAUUUACUGUGCCAGAGUUCCUUCAGAGCUUCUACAGCAAAGGAUUAGAUGGCAAAAACAUAGUAGAAAGAGUUACACUGCACUAGCUAGUAGUACUAAACUACUAAUAAUAAAUGUACGUAAAUUAAAAAUAAAUGUCAUUGAAGUAUCUGUCUAGUGAAAUGGAUGAAUAAUAUCACUCCGUGAGACGGUG